AUGGCUUCAAAGAUGUUUUCUCGUCGGACAGGAAUUGCAAUUGCUGCAGGAUGUCUGCUUUUUUCUGCUCUGGCUGCGGCAAAUGUUCGUCCCGAGGAUAUGUCUGUUAGCCAGAUCGAGGAACAGCUGCAGCAUUGUCCUCUUGUUGAGUCUCUAAACCAACACAAAAAGUCCACCGCACCAGAAACUGCGAGCUUCACGGCGCAAAUCUUCGCUGUUCUGUUCCCAGGGAGCCCCGCCGUGAAUGCCUUGCUUGCAACACUGUAUAUUUCCGGUCCACCCAACUUCCUUUUGGCACUAUGCCCUCCCAACAUCGAUCCCUCCUCUCUGUCUGUCAUGGUCGCCUUCGCCGUAGGCGGACUACUAGGCGACACGCUCUUCCACCUCCUCCCUGAGAUUUUCCUCGGUGAAGCUUCCCCCGAUCAUGUCAGCUUCGUAAUGGUCGAGCCCAACAAGAAUCUCCUCUUGGGCCUGGGUAUCAUGGUUGGUUUCUUUACCUUUGUCGCAAUGGACAAGACACUUCGCAUCGCAACUGGCGGCGCAGGGGGCCACGACCACUCGCACGGACAUGCACACGCAGAGACGGUGUCCACUGCAUCCACAAGCAGUGCCGAGACCGACAAGGCUGCCGGUGAUCUGAAGCAGCGCAAGUCGAACACGAAGUCCGCCGACUCAGUUGCCGCCCCCGAACAUGAAGAAAAGGAAAUCAACCCCAGCGUCAAGUUGGGUGGCUACCUCAACUUGAUUGCGGAUUUCACACACAACAUCACGGAUGGCCUGGCUCUUUCUUCAUCAUUCUAUGCCUCGCCCACCCUUGGCGCAACUACCACCGUUGCAGUCUUCUUCCACGAGAUUCCGCACGAGGUCGGUGACUUUGCUUUGCUCAUUCAAUCUGGCUUCUCCAAGCGUAAAGCUAUGGGUGCCCAGUUUGUUACUGCAAUUGGUGCCUUCCUGGGAACAUGCAUUGGAAUUGCAGUCCAAGAAUUUGGUGGAAACAGCGCUGGGCUGGAGGAUGCGCCUGCUUCUGGCCUUUGGGGCACCAGUCUUACUUGGGGUGAUAUGCUGCUCCCUUUCACCGCAGGAACCUUCUUGUACGUGGGAACUGUGGCUGUUAUUCCUGAGUUGCUGGAGACUGGAAAGGACAAGGGCGUUGAGGUGCGCAAGACCAUUACACAGUUUUUGGCCGUUGCCCUCGGCGCCGGAAUUAUGCUUGCAAUCUCCUGGGAUUAA